AUGGCUCAGCUGCAGAGAUGUUUGCAAACCCGCCGCAGCACAAUCAACUGCCUGUCAAAAGGUGGGAAGGACAAGAAGACAUUUCCGUUUUCUCAGCAGAACGCAGUAAAAGCGUGGAGUUCCCUAGAAAGCCUAGAUGCUCCUGAGUGCCCGACUGGUGAAGAGAAACCAAGCCAGCCACAUAACAACAUCAAGGUUAAUGUUGGCGGCAAAGUUUUCCACAUCCCCAAAAAGUGUGCCUUGAGAUAUCCUCACACCCGCAUUGGCUCCCUCGCAGCCAGCACAGACAAAGCACGACUCAUCACUCUCUGCGAUGACUACUCUGUUAAAAAUAAUGAAUUUUUUUUUGACCACGACCCUGCUUUUUUCCACCACAUCUGCCAUUUUUAUGCCAGUGGAGAGCUGUGGGUCAUCAGGGAAAUGUGCCCAUUUAACUUUGAGGAAGAGAUUGCAUACUGGGGCUUGAGCCUGAAGGACAUCAGACGCUGCUGCUGCAUGGUGUUUGAGGAAAAGGUGGAUGAAAUGAAGGAUAACCUGAAGGUAGAAAGGGAACUCAUGGCUGAGAUCGAAGUCAAAUACGACGACGAGUUAUUCAAGGGCAUGAUGUUUGGAGAGAUUCGGAAACACUUGUGGAACAUUGUGGAGAAUCCCUACACUUCAAUGUGGGCAAAAGCGUUCAGCGUGGUAUCCAACCUCUUUGUCCUCUUUUCUAUCGUGGCAAUGUCUCUCAACACCGUGGAGGAGCUCGAAAACUAUUGCGUUUGGGGCAAAACCCACAUGGAUUGGGUGGAGAUCGUCACCAUUGUGUUCUUUGCUUUGGAGUAUUUAAUUCGCCUUGCCACCACGCCAAACAUAAAACUAUUCUUGAAGAGCGGGCUCAACUUUGUAGACAUGGUGGCAGUUAUGCCUUAUUUUGCCCAGAUCAUCUUGGAAGCCGCUUUUGGUACAGAGGACGGGAACACACCCAAAGACCUUAAGACCUUGGCGAAUGUCAGCAAGUUAAGUCAUGUCCUAAAAGUGGUUAAACUGUUAAGAAUAUUUCGCAUUUUGAAGCUGGCUCGCCACUCAACUGGCAUGAGGGCCUUUGGGUUCACCCUUCGCCAGUGUUACCAGCAGGCCUCUUGCAUAUUGCUCUUUAUCGCCAUGGGAAUCUUCACUUUCUCUGCUCUUCUGCAUUCGGCCGAGAGGGAAACAGAGGAUUCUCCCAUUAGCAGUAUACCGUACGCUUGGUGGUGGGCUGCAGUCAGCAUCUCCACCGUGGGCUAUGGUGACGUAGUCCCUGUGACGAUCCUGGGUCGCAUAGUGGCCUUUGGCUGCAUCUCAUUCGGAAUCAUACUGAACGGAAUGCCCAUCUCCUUUCUUUUCAACAAAUUCUCAGAUUACUAUGCCAAACUAAAAGCCCAAGAGUACAACACGAUAUCAGUUCAACGCCGCUUGCAGCUCAGAAGGCGCCUUCGACACAGGAUGGGCAAGUGCUCUCGUGCUGCAGAGGAGGAGGACAGUCAUUCUCAAGCAUCCAAAGACAUUCCUCAGCCUACAGGCGGUUGA